CGCAAGCGUCAAAAAUAGAGCAGAACGGAACUCCAACAAAAACAAAAAUAAGUGACAGAUCAUGUGCAGCUCUUGAACGAAAGGGAAGCCGCUUUUUAAUGCAUACUUGUGAACGGGACUUUAAGAUGUCUUCCUCUGCUACUGUUAUGUCGUCGGUGUCCGGGGGUAGUCCUGACCCCCCGGGAGGGAUGGGUCACCGUGCGAGACACCAAAGGCGGGGGGCGGGGCUGGAGGCCUACUCCUGUCUGUGUGGGUCCUUUAUCCUGGUCCUCGUCACUCUUCUUGUGGUCUUCGUUGUCGGAAUCAUCAGGUCCAGUAUGUCGGAGGACGGAUACGAGAUGGGAAACAUGGUGUUCAUGGCGCUGUGUAUCGCCAUCAUUGUUAUGCUGAUCGUGACGUCACUGGCCUGUCUCUGUAUGUGUCAGAAACACAGCACCAGUCCCGACCCAGAGGGGGGCGUCCACACUAAGACUGGUUCCAGUAGAGGCGGCGCUUACUACAUUGUGGGGUGGGACAUGAAAAUCCUCAAACAAUCCGGGACCGACUGUCCAAUCUGUUGGGAAAGGAUGGACUCAAAGCAACAGCUGAAAGCAAAGCUUGUCUGUCAACAUGUUUUCCACCAUCAUUGUUGGCAGAAUUUCUCCAAAAUGACUACUGCGCCUGCCGUCUGUUGCCCCCUUUGUCGUGCCACACCCAUCAAAUUCCCGGGGGUAGAGCGACUCAAGUCAGACGUUAAGAUCCUCGUAGAUCGCUUCCGCUGCUUUAAACGCAAUGAUUUCCCGCCAGAUGGCGAUACACGGGUAGCCAUGAUUGAUGUUUGAGGUCAAAGUUCACACCAGAUUGGUCAUCCAUAGCCUUACAUUCCAGUCUAGUCACCGAUACUGAGGGACCGGUUUCGCCCGGGGGUCAAGGUAGUCCCCAACGGACACUUGAAUUGGUGCUGUUCCAAAUUUUGCACAAGAGCCUUUACAGUAUAAACAUGUAUCUUGUUCACUACUUCGUUACCAGAAGCUGCCAUUACAAAUACGCAUUAUCCCGGUAUAAACUGUUUCAGGAGUGUAUGUGUUUUAUUUAUACCCAGGGUACAAGUAUACCGAUAUGUUAUGAUCUUUAACCAUGCAUGUCUAUAGUACAAAUACUCAGAAUGUGAGAAGGGGUGGGGAGGGGUUUGCUUACAGCCUCCAUAUGUACACAAGCAGUCGUCCACACAGGUGCCAUGUUCAAUGGUUGUACAUCAUUCCAAUUUUCUGCUUUUCAACUUUAUUUUAUACUUGUAUAUACAUACACUGUUAUUUUUGAAGAAUAAACUUUGUUACUUUUU